GCCGCUUUUGCGCGGGAAAUUUCAAUUUCCAAUUAUGAUUUUAUCAUUCGUCCAUGUUUUAGAAUUUGUUUACUUGAGAAAUUUAUUGUACAGUUUUUGUUUCAAAAUUACUUUCUAGCUUACAAUGGAAGAAGAAAAAGCAAGCGAAGUGAACAACAAAUAUAUCAAUUUAGACGAAUUUCACAAAAAUUCAGGGGGAACAUUUGAUAUGAACUCACUAGUGCCAGAUAUGGCCAAGGCAGAACCAUGUUGUAUGGGAAUUGAUGAAGCUGGCCGUGGGCCUGUGUUAGGUAAGGGGAAGGCUGUUUGGGUGAUGGGGUUGUGUAAAGUUUGGGAGUGUUUAUAUUGAGGUGUGUCAGCUGCCGUUCCAUGGCAACUUAGGGGCUGAUUACAUCAUUUACAUGGAGAACUUUCAACCCCGGGCCGGGGUUGAACUCAGCCCUGUUAACCAGGUUGAAAUGUUUUGCAAUUCAUGGAUAAUUUCAACCCUGGGGUUGAAACACUAUACUAUACGUUCUCGACAUUGAUUCCCGGAAGUAAAAAAGCCUUCAUUUUGUUUUCUUGUAAUAAAUAGUCACUACCACGCAUGCUCAAAUACAAGGGGCAUUUCACUCCAAAAAAGCGUACGGGAUUUUCGGAUUUUUAAAAAUCCGCGGAUUAUUUAGCGGAUUUUCCCCGGAUUUUUAGCGGAUUUUUGAAGAGAAAAUCUGUUGGAUUUUCCGGAUUUGUUCGGAUUUUUUCCGGAUUUUUUGACGAAGUGUACGGGAUUUUUGGAGUGAAAUGCCCCUCGCUCAAAUAAGUCAUGAUGAUUUCAGCCCUGGGUUGAAGCGACUACAUGACAAAAUUUUCAACCCAAGGCUGAAAUUCCAACCCUGCUAGCUGAAACAGGGUUGAAAUUUCAACACCGGGGGUUGAACUCAGCCCUGGGUUGAAAAUAUUGUCAUGUAAUCACGUGUUUGAUUUUGAUAGAGUUUUGUAUUACAGACAGGGCUGAAAUUUCUACCCGGUAAACAGGGCUGAAUUCAACCCCGGAGUUGAAAAUGCUCCAUGUAAUCAGCCCCUUAUUGACUCUUAUUGUAAAAGUUACCUGUGCUGGACCAUAUGGCUGGACAUGACUGUUCUCCUGGUUUGAAAUGUGUUCACAUGAUGUUGUUCAAGUGGGCAGUGCACUAAAACCAUUGAGCUAUGUAUACAAUUUUGCAAAAUCCAGGGGUGUGCAGAAAUUGUGGCGGGCUCAAAAUGAGUGUUGGUCAGUGGUAAUUACCAUGGGAAAUAGGACCCAGUUCUUGAGUGGCAUUAAUAUGGCAUCAGCAAAUGUCAAACUCCGUCAAGUAUUUUCUGACACUUUUUGCCAAGCACUCUCGUAAUAGACCUUAUGCAUAAUGAUGUCACAAGGCUUGAUGCCCGCGAGGAAUGCUGGUCUUAAUAGUCAUUGUGUGGGAAAAUUUCCGAUAGUGGCCAUUUUGAAUUAUUUAAUUUUCCCGGGCGAUCACGACCAAGACCAGCAUUCCUUGCAGGCACCAAGCCUUGUGACAUCAUUAUGCAUAAGGUGUAUUGUAUAGCUUGAAUGAUUGGGACCAUUGCUCAAAACAUUGAAGUUUAUGAUUUACACUACACAACUUUUGCCUAAAACUGUUGCAUGCAACCUGCUUACAACUUGAGUUGUACUUUGUAAAUCAAGCACAUGACUUGUCAACAUUGUCAUAGGUAGUUGUAUCUUAUUAUAUAGCUCAUCUAUAUGUUCCAGUUCACCUAACCCUUCUAGGAUUACAAAGCCCUAAUGAUAGACUUGACAUAUAAAAUUAACACUUUAUAAAUUACAAAUUUUUAGGGCCAAUGGUAUACAGUACAAGUUAUUGUCCAUUAUCUCAAGAUGAAAAGCUGAAAGAAUUGGGGUUUGCAGGUUAAUUAACUAACACAACCAAUUAUUACUGUCUGCUCAUAAUUUACGAGUUUCAGUAAGCAUCAGCGAGCCGCAUAUGGUGGUUGACUGCAGAAAAUGAUGAGACAGAUGCAAGAGAAUUAACCCAUUGAGCACCAGCGUUCUCCCCUUGACAAUGGUCGGCUUUGGACAGAGUAAAAUAAUAAAGUACUAGGGCAUAUUGGGGUGUAAUGAGACUUAAUGGGUUAACUAGACACAUGGGCAUAUAGACUGAUUAACCCAUUGAGCACCAGUGCUCAAUCCCCCCAUGACGUGUAAAAUUGGAAUAAUAAAGUAGGACACAUUAGGGUGCGAUGCAACUUAAUCAAUUUUGCAUCAAAUACAUAACUUUGACAUAUUGAAGAUAAUUAGUUCACUCUUGUAACUGCUGGUUGAUCACAUAUUUGCUGCACAAUAGUGCUUAGUGAAACCCACCUACACAAGACAAAUAAUUAAAUAUCAACUUGUAGAUUCUAAGACAUUGAAUGAAGAACAACGUGAAGGAUUAUUUAAAACAAUCAAUGAAAAUAGUCAAAUUCUUGGCUGGAUCACAAGAGUACUUUCUCCAAACUAUAUCUCAAAUGAAAUGUUGAGAAGGUGGGUGAAUUUCAACAAAGCCUAGAGAAGCCGAGGUAGCCAUUGUUUGUAUUAAAUGUAACAGUUCUUUGUCCAGCCUGUGAACAGUCUAAAGCAUUUCUGUCUAGAGUUUUCCAAUUUUCAAAUUUGGACCACCCCUCCCUCUCUCAAAUUGUCCCCUUCAUCUUUCAAAUUUGAACCACAAUCCCCCUCUCUCAAGCCACCUCUCAUCUUUCAAAUUUGGACCACCACCCCUCUCUUAAGUUGUGCUCCUCCCCCUCAUUUUUCAAGUUUGGACCACCACCCCCUUUUUGAAGUUGCCUCCUCAUUUUUCAAGUUUGGACCACCACCCCCCUCCCUCAAGUUGCCCCUUCAUUUUUCAAGUUUGGACUACCACCCUCUCUCUCAAGUUGCCCUCUUAUUUUUCAUGUUUGGACCCCACCCUUUCUCUCAAGUUGUCCCCCUUCAUCUUUCAAAUUUGAACCACCUCCGCUCCCAAGAUCUUUUAUUCUUCAAAUUUUAUUUGGACCUACCCCUUCCCCUCAAGUACCCCCCUCUCAACUAACCCUCCCCCCUGAGCUUAUGAUGGCCAUAAUUUGAUAUUCUAAUUAUCAGGACAAAGAACAAUUUAAACCAAAUAUCUCAUGACACUGCAAUCUGGUUGAUCAAAAGUGUCCUGGAAAGUGGCGUGAAUUUACAGCAGGCAAGCAUGUUUUUGGAUAUUUAUAAUUUGUCUGUCAUCUUUAUUGCUCUUGUUUUAUUGCGGGGAAACCAAGAUGCGAAAGAGUGGCCGACAAUUUUCACAUAUUUCACAUUUAUUACAUAGGUUCAAUUCCAGCAGCAUAUUAUGCCAAGAAAUAUUAGGGAAAACGUUUUUGUGGGUCAGAAUUUGAAUUCGUACCGUAGGUCAAGACUAGCAUGGUCUAAAAUUUUGGAAAAUUAUUAGAGGUCAGAAAAAAGGUUAAACUACUAUCUGCUAUACGUUAAUGCUUCGUUAAACCAACCUAUUGUGAACAGAUUAGUUAUUUUUAUGCAUCCUUUAACUUUACAAACGUAUACCAUUCAGUUGUCUCACAUGUCCUUUAUCACUUCUGUGACAUGAGGUUGAUAACUGCUUAUGUAAGUUCCUGCAGUCUAAAAUUUCAUGCUUUCCACAUGUACUUUCUUUAGAGACACGGCCAACUUGCCUCCUGAAAGUGCCUCUGAUUGAUUUACAUAUUUAUUGACAUAUGACUGUUGACAUUGUUUUUUAGUAUUCAAUAUUUGAGCCAUUAAUCCAUUUACCCAACUUUUUACUCACUCAAAAUUUUGUUUACCCAACACUUUUCUCUAGUCUGUGCCGCCCCCCGCCAUAAAUAAUGACUGGUUUCUAAACAAAAAAUAAUGAAAAGUAAUUUCUUUCCCAGGUAUAUGUGGAUACCGUUGGUGAUCCUAACAAAUACCAGAAGAAACUAGAACUCGAGUUUCCACAACUUGAAAUCACAGUCAAAGCAAAGGCUGAUGCUCUGUUUCCAAUUGUGAGCGCUGCCAGUAUCUGUGCUAAGGUAAAUAUCUGCGCGGUAGGCUAAUAUCCAGACGACUCUCCGGCAUCAACUCUCAUGCAACUCCUGUUCUCGUUUGCAGACCGGGGCAUGAGAGUUGAGAAAACUCUCAUGCAAACUCUCGCUUCUCAACUGUCAUAUAGUCCACUCUCAUGCAACUCUCGUUCUCGUUUGACCCGGGGCAUGAGAGUUGAGAAAACUCCCAUGCAAACUCUCGCUUCUCAACUCUCAUGCAACUCUCGUUCUCGUUUGACCGGGGCAUGAGAGUUGAGAAAACUCUCAUACAAACUCUCGCUUCUCAACUCUCAUGCAACUCUCGUUCUCGUUUGACCCGGGGCAUGAGAGUUGAGAAAACUCUCAUGCAAACUCUCGCUUCUCAACUCUCAUGCAACGCUCGUUCUCGUUUGACCGGGGCAUGAGAGUUGAGAAAACUCUCAUACAAACUCUCGCUUGUCAAGUUUCUCCCUCGUCAGUUUGGGGUUUUCUUUACGUUGUUACUAAAAAACGUUUGUGUUUUAGGUUGCAAGAGACAGAGUUAUCCAAACCUGGACAUUUAUUGAAAAAGUUUCCUUUCCAACGGCAUACGGGUGUGGCUACCCCUCAGGUAUAAUUUGCAUUAACGCGUUCAUGCGAAGAAGAUAUUAUUUCAUAUCGAGUAUCAAUAUCUUUUACCGAACACUUCUUUUUUCUUGUUGUUUUUGGUCUUCCGAUGCGUAUCACAUGCAGUAUUGAAAAGGUUACUAUAUUAUUACUUAAACUGCAAUUUAUUCAUGCUCGCAAAAUGUUUUAUACUAGAGAAGUGUUUUCUCUUUCAUUCUCUAAAACUUGUAUACCCAAAUGCUCAUUUGCAGUUUACGAUACUGCGAGCGGUAAAUUAAUUUGCAAUCAGUAGUUUGUCGUUUAUACUAUUUUUUUAAGCUAAAUAUCUUAGAAUGUUUGAGACUGGCGCGCGAAAGGCACAGGUAUACCAGAAAAGUGUAAAACAGCAGAGGAUAAAGGAUAAAAGAAAAAUAGAAGGAACCUUUGAUUCGAAACUCCAUAGUUUUACUUGAGACGUGACGCUAUCAAGUUAUGCAAAACGUGUACCAUUUAGAUCCAGCGACCAAGAAAUGGUUGGCCGAUAUAGUUGACAAGGUUUUUGGAUUCCCACAGUUCGUAAGAUUUAGUUGGUCGACUUCUAAAGAUAUCUUGGAGAAACAGUGUGCUCCUAUUGAAUGGUACGAUAUCUUUUUUUAAUUUAGAAUUAUACUGCAUUGUUCUUUUAAACUCGAUUAGAUCUUCUCUAAUAAGCUGCAUGCAUAACUCACUG